AUGACGCUGAUCAUAUCCAUCACCCGUGCGUUUGGCAGCGAGGGGGAUGCAACCCGCGGGACCGAGUUGCCAAGCCAUUUCCCAAAGAUGGAAAAACUACCGCAACCCCUCCAGGAUGCUGUCAAGGUGCUGGAGACUGAAUUCACUGUGAGCACUGAGAAGCUCAAGGCUAUCUCGGACCACUUCGCAUCGGAGUUGACAAAGGGACUGACGACCCAGGGUGGGAGUAUUCCAAUGAACCCGACAUGGGUCGUAGCCCUUCCUACCGGCCAUGAAACUGGGUCCUAUCUUGCGGUCGACUUGGGCGGAACCAACAUGCGAGUUUGCCAGGUAACUCUCGCAGAGAAGCAGUGCGAGUUUGAGAUCAUUCAGUCCAAGUAUAAGAUCCCCGACAACCUCAAGGUAGGAAACUCUCACGACUUUUGGGAGUACCAGGCAGACUGCGUACAACGUUUCCUCCAGGAACACCACCCUCAACCCGUCAAGAAGAAGCUGCCCCUUGGUUACACAUUUUCGUACCCUGCCACCCAAGAUUACAUCAACCACGGCAUCUUACAGCGCUGGACAAAGGGCUUCGACGUCAAGGGUGUUGAAGGUCAGAACAUUAUUCCUUUGUUCGAGGCUGCUUUGGAAAAGAGGAAUGUUCCUAUUGCCGUCGUCGCCCUGCUCAACGAUACUACCGGAACCCUUGUAGCUUCAGCCUACGCUGAUCCCAAGGUUCGCGUCGGCUGCAUCUUCGGGACUGGCUGCAACGGAGCCUACGUUGAAAACUGCGGCUCCAUCCCGAAGCUGGCGCACCUCAACCUUCCCGAUGACCUCCCAAUGGUAAUCAACUGCGAAUGGGGCGCCUUCGAUAACGAACGGGUCAUUCUUCCGCGCACACCGUACGACGUCAUCAUCGAUGAAACGUCCCCUCGGAUGGGUCAACAAAUCUAUGAGAAGAUGGUGGCUGGCCUCUACCUAGGAGAGCUCUGGCGCCUAGUUGCCCUGGAUUUGCAUGGGAAGGGGCUCAUAUUUAAGGGCCAAGACACUUCCAAGCUCGAAGUCUCCUAUUCUCUCGACUCCUCACUGCUCUCCGUGAUUGAAGCCGACAACACCGAGAACCUGCAGGAGACCAAGGACAUCAUCCAGAGUCAACUGGGCAUCACCAGUACCGACGAUGAGCUCAAGGUGCUCCGUAGGGUUUCGGAGCUUAUUGGGCUUCGCGCCGCCCGCCUCACAGCAUGUGGUCUAGCUGCCAUUAGCAAGAAGAAGGGCUGGAAGGAGUUCCACGUCGGAGCCGACGGCUCCGUCUUCCAUAAGUAUCCUCAUUUCAAGAAGAGGCAGGCAGCUGCUAUGGGAGAGAUCCUUGGCUGGUCAAAAAUCCGGACCCCAACGCGGAGAACCCCAUUGAGGUUGUGGCUGCUCAGGACGGUAGCGGCGUGGGCGCCGCGCUUAUUGCCGCCCUGA